UCCGCCGUGGAUGUGAAUGUGAUAGAUGGACCGAGGAAGCAAAAGAUCGACGAAGUGCGGCUAGCAAGAGCUGAAGAUAAGUGUGAGUAUAACUGCGAUCUUUAAUAUAGAUCUGAAAGUGGCAACUUGCACGCCCCAGCGUUGCUGUACGAGAUAGAAUAAAGGAGAAGGGAGGAUAGUGACAGAUAGAGAGAAGUGAGAGACGACGAACAAAUUCUUGGUCAAACAUUACCAGCGUUAUCCCCAAGGAACUGCCUGGGAGCCAAAGUUAGCGAGCCAAAGUUAGAGAGUGAGAGAAGUGCCAGCAGCAAAUACCUACGCAACUGUAAGUUCUACGAAGAGAAGAGAUAUCCGCUCAUACUCGCUGUUUUCUCCUAAAAAGGAACCGACAUGAGAAACAGACAGCGCGAGAGAGCGACAGACAGGGAUAUGUGCGAUAUUAAGCGCAAAUGCUGCGAAGGGUAGAGAGAUAUUCGAAACAUCUUUUCCCCGAACAGAAACAAUAUAUAACAACGAGACUUGGCUCCCCGGAGCGAGAGCGAGCGUAUAUUUCACUCGUCAGUACUGCUUCCACGCGACCUGUGUAAAGAAAAAUCCGUGAGACUGGUCCGCGUCGACAGCUAACUGUAAGUUAUCACUGUGAGCGAGGCAACCAGAAGUCACAGUACAGACCAGAACUGCGAGUGGUGAUAAAGUUGGGGACCACAAGCACUAGUCGACCACCAAUCCAUCCUAUUCCUAUUCCACCACUACUACUGCUACUACUGCUACUGCUGCUACUACUGCUACUGCUGCUACUACUACUACUACUACUACUACUACUACUACUGCUACUACUACUACUACUACUACUACUACUACUACUACUAAUACUACUACUACUACUACCAAGAUGCUUGCGCAACAGUCGAAGAUGGUCUACCAGAUCAACAAAUACUACCAGGAGAAGGUGCAAGCGCGCAAGGCGAACACGGCGAAAACCAUCCGCGAAGUUUGCAAGGUCGUACAGGACGUUCUACGGGAGGUAGAGGCGCAGGAACCUCGCUUCAUAUCCUCCCUCGUCGAGGCCAACGGCCGCUUCGAAGGCCUCACCGUACUCGGGCCGACAGAGUUCGAAGUCGUGCUCUACCUGAACCAGAUGGGCGUGUUCAAUUUCGUCGACGACGGUACAAUGCCCGGAUGCGCCGUACUGAAACUGAGCGACGGUCGCAAGCGGUCUAUGUCGCUGUGGGUGGAGUUUAUCACCGCAUCCGGUUACCUAUCGGCUAGGAAGAUCCGCUCGCGGUUUCAGACGCUCGUAGCGCAGGCCGUCGAUAAGUGUUCGUAUCGCGACGUCGUUAAGAUGAUAGCCGACACGAGCGACGUCAAGCUGCGCAUCCGUGAACGAUACGUUGUCCAGAUAACGCCAGCGUUCAAGUGCGCCGGUAUCUGGCCCCGAAGCGCUAGCCACUGGCCCGUAUCCAACUGCAGUUGGCCGAACCCGAACAUGGUCGCCGAAGUAAAAGCGGAAGGAUUCAAUCUUCUCUCGAAAGAACUCCCUCAGGUUCAGGGCAAGCAGUCCUCAGCGGAGGGAGACGCUUGGGUGAUCUCCUUCGACGAGGCAGAAAACAUGCUUCUAUACGGAGGUGGGAGGAAGCGAUGUUUGAGUCUUCUGAAGACUCUUCGUGAUCGACACCUGGACCUGACGGGCCAGCCCCUCAACAACUAUCACAUGAAAAUGCUGCUGCUGCAUGAAUGCGAGAAACACCCGCGCGAGGGCGAGUGGGAUGAGACAGUGCUCGGCGAUCGCAUCCAGGGAAUACUCCUGCAGACGAUAUCCUGUCUGCAGUGCCGCCGCUGCCCGCACUACUUCCUUCCGGCGCUCGACAUGCUGAAGGGGAAGUCUCCCGCAGCGCUGGAGGCUGCGGCCAAGCAGUCGUGGAGGCUGACGCGUGAGCUGCUAACCAACUCACGCUGCUUCGAAAAGCUCUGACCGACGUACGAACGGUGGCGCCCUCUUGUGUGUGAGUCGCUCAACAACUCGCGCUGCCUAGAGAGGCUCUGACCGACGACCGAACAGUGGCGCCCUCACGUAUGCGCCCUGGUCGUGGUGGCGCCCCCUUGUGCAUGAUUUGCUCAUGGAGUCAUGUUGCCGCGAGCAGUUCUGAACGAGCGAACGGUGGCGCCCUCUCGUAGACGCCCUGGUCGUGGUGGCGCCCUCUUGUGCAUGAUUUGGUCCCGAACUCGCGUUGCCGCGAGAAGCUCCAAGGGAGCAAAGGGUGGCGCCCUCUCGCGGAUCCUGUGCGAGAGCAGGUCACUAACUCACGCUGCGAGGGAGCGAAGGGUGGCGCCCUCUCACAGACGCUCGGAGCGACGGUGGCGCCCCAUCCAGUGAUCUCGGAACGCUGCGUGCAUCUCGCGUCGGAACAUUGCAUCAGAACGUUGCGUCAUGACGUUGGUUCGUGGACGUUGCGUCGUCGCGAAGACCGUCAUCGUGCACCGUAUGACGUCAUGCUGACGCGUGUACGUUGAAGGACGACGAGAAGACGUUUGUGAUGACGUCGCCAGUGACGUCAUGCGCAUGUGUGCAGCCAGCGUGAUUGCGUCUUCCGAUGACGUCGUCAAGAGCGAGGAUUAGAUGUCAGAAGCUGUGCUGUGACGUCACGUGUACAUGCGCAACCCUGAUCAGAUGAAGUAAGACCAUAUAUAUAUAUAUAUAUACAUGAGCAAAUAUAUGUAUGUGUCAUCAAAAUGGUGGAGAGAGUAAAGUCGUUGUAAUUAUAUCAAAUUCUAAUGAAAAUCAAACGCGCUCCAUACGAAGCGAAUAUAUAUAUAUAUAUAUUCGUAAAAUAUGUAUAUGUUAAAUAUUGUCUAUUCCCGGUACCAAGCAUGUCCCUUGUUUUCUGCAUAUA